AUGGUCAGAACGACCAAUUUGUUUGUGCUUCUUCUUCUUCUCUCAUUGUCAUGCCUUGUGACACCUUCAAGUCCUCAGCACCCACCCGAUCAUGUUGCCUCGGCUCGCUUGCUCGAUUCUCAUCUUCAAGAUUUUGCCUUUAAGGCGCUUUCGACUCCAAGAACAGGGGUGCCUUAUGAUGCUGAAAUACCCACAAACCUAACAGGGAUGAAAGUUUCAACGAUGAGGCUCAGGAGUGGUAGUUUGAGAACUAGAGGGGUUUCCAGCUUCAAAGAAUUUGAGAUCCCACAAGGGGUAGUUGAAAUGCCUUAUGUGCAAAGGCUUGUGUUGGUGUACCACAACUUAGGUAAUUGGUCUGAAAUUUUUUACCCUUUACCUGGUUAUUCAUAUUUAGCUCCUGUUAUAGGCUUAUUAGCCUAUAGUGGUGUCAAUUUAUCUGCUUCAGGGUUACCUGAAUUGGAUUUAAGAGCAUCUGAGAAGCCAAUUUUGGUUAAGUUCUAUGAUGUGAAAUCAGCACCAUUUGGAUCAUUGGCCAAGUGUGUGUAUUUUGAUUUGCAUGGUUCAAUGCAAUUUGAAACCCUAUUACAUGGAAAUGUGUGUUCAGCAGUUCAACAAGGGCACUUCUCCAUAGUUGUCGAGUCAAAUGCACCGUCACCAUCACCAGGGGCACUAUCACCGUCCUCGGGUGAUGGUGGUGGUGGGAAAAUUGGGAGGAAGAAAUUCAAGUGGAAGAUUGUGGUGCCAUGUUUGGUUGGUGGGAUUGUGUUGUUGGGUUUGUUGAUUUAUAAAGUGAGAAGAGCCAGACAAGAUGCAAAAAUAAGGAAAAUGGAAUUAACUGCUGAGAGAAAUGAAAGUUUGAUAAUGGCUUCCAUUGGUGAUAGCAAAGCACCAAUUGCACUAUGGACUCGUACAAGUCCAGUGAUAGAAAAUGAUUAUGUUCCUUAG